AUGGCAUCGCAGUCCUUUGCCCUGGAACUUGAGGCGAAGAAGCUGCGGGACGCCUACGCAUCCGGUGACACCCAUCCGGUCGAGGGCAUCCUUCCGGGCUGGCUCCAAAAGCUCGGCAUCGAGGUGAGUGCGGCGGACCCACUCAGGCCCACUUUGGUCCGCGAGCUGGUGAAGGCUCGCCUGCGCGUCAUACAGGCCCGCCAAGCCCGCCAUGUGGGCGACCUGGUGGAUACCCCGCCACUGCCCGCCUUGCACGCUCUGGAGGCUCUUCACGAUGCGGCGGGGUCAGAUCUUGCGCCAGCCGACAAGCCAGCCCACUUGUUGACCCUCCGGGAUGUCUUUGAACUGUGGAAGGCCAAGAGCGAGAAGCCCUCCAACAAAGCCAUAGACACGGCCCUCCGCGUUGUGCAAGCGUUCGAGGAGGUCACGGGCAACCCACCGUUGCAGCGGCUGACUUGGAAGGAAGGCUUGAAGCUGCGCGACCACUUCCUGGCUCAAGGCAUGUCCCCUCGGACCACCAAGGACCGCAUUGGCUGGGUCUCCACCCUGAUCCGCUACGAGAUGAGCGAGUGCCGCCGCAUUCAAGCGGACCCGUGGGCAAGCAUCAAGGUCGAGAAGGGAGACCAGGCGGUCACGGUCAGAAAGGCCACCAGGGCUGGCGAGCUGGCCUCCCUGUUCUCGCUGCCGCUGUUUGAGCAGUACGACCUCCCGGACGCCAAGAACGCCGGACGCGAUGCGGCCUACUGGGUGCCCGUGCUGGGGGUCUACACGGGCGCUCGCAUCACCGAGCUGGCGCAACUGCUGGUGGCUGACGUCUUGCUAAAAGCUGGGCUGUGGCGCAUUGCCUUCCGGGUGACCUAUCCGGAGUGGCAGUCCCUGAAGAACAAGCCCAGUGAACGCGAGGUGCCGCUACAUCCGGAGCUGGUCCGGCUGGGCUUUCUGGACUAUUGCCAAGCCAUGCGCGAUGCCGGCCACGAGCGCCUAUUCCCACUGGUUCCAGUUAGCGAGACGAACAAGGCGGGCGGGGCUCUGUCCAAGUGGUUCUCCGAGCUGAAGUCGGUGGCCGGUUGGGGAAAAGAGCACACCUUCCACUCUUUCCGGCAUGGCGUCGAGACCGCGCUGAAACGGGCCAAAGAGCCGAAGUCCCACAUUGACCGCUACACGGGCCACGCGGGGGACUCAGUGGCUGACCGCGACUACACCCACUUGGAGCCUGAGGACCUUGUCGAAACCGUCGAUAAGGUUAGCCCUGAAGGGCUGGAUCUGGUCCGCGUGUUCCCCCCUCCAGGGUGGAGCGCACCAGCCGCCGCCGGGUUGCUCAGGGCCAAGAGCCGGAAAUCACGGGCUUAG